CCCUCAUGGAAACAGGUGAGGCUGGUUUAUGAGCUGCUGUGAAUCCUGCUGCAUUCAGAGCUGCUGCAGGAACCAUCAUCAUGGCUGUGAACACCUGCGUCAAGACUCUCCUCAUCCUCUUCAACUUCAUCUUCUGGAUCUGCGGCUGCGUCAUACUCGGGGUCGGCAUCUACCUGAAAGUGACCAAAGAUGCAAAUCAGUUGACCAACUCCGCUCUUCCUGGCGUGGACCUGAUGAUCGCCAUCGGCACGAUCAUCAUGGUCCUGGGCUUCCUGGGCUGCUACGGUGCCUACAGGGAGAGCUCCUGCAUGCUGCUGAUAUUCUUCAUCCUCCUCCUUCUCAUCUUCAUCCUCCUCCUGGCAGCAGGAAUUCUGGGAGCUUUAAGCGAGAAGACGGUGAAUGACUGGGUGAAGAAGCGUCUGCAGGACUUUACUCCUCUGACCAAACAGCCGGAAUCGGUGAAGCAGGACCUGGAGGCGCUGCAGGCCAAGCUGAAGUGCUGUGGAAUCAUCAACGGACCCGGCGACUGGGAGAAACCUCCUCCUUCCUGCUACUGCAACGGCACCGACACCACCGACUGCAAAAACGGCAUCCAGAAUACGCCCUGCUCCACUAAAAUCAUCGACCUGAUGCAGCAGAACAUGCAGGUGGUGCUGGGGAUCUCCUUCGCCAUCGCCGCCAUCCUGAUCUUCGGCAUGAUCUUCUCCAUGAUGAUCUACUGUCAAAUCCGUAAGAAGGGCGGCGCCACACGACCUUGAACCGCCGCUACAGUCUGCUGACCUCAGUGCUGCUGUGAUAACCCUGUGCUUUUAUUCUGAAAGAGCUGGAGUCCCGGGGACGACGAUCAUGCAGCAAAGCUUUAUGAAAUCACUGAUUGGAUCUAAUGUACAAAAUGUAGAAAAAACCUAAAUUAUUUCUAGUUCAGUCAAUGAUGAUCAAUAGAAUUGGUUAAUAUUAGAUCUUUGUCCUAAAAUCCCAGCACGGAUGAGACGGGACAGUUACCGUAGUUUUUUCUUCUUUUGCUAGUUUUAGGUGUUUUUAGUAUUUCCACUAUAUUUAACCUAAAACUAUUUAUACUUUUUGAACAAAUUUAAACCUUUUUGCUUCUAAAUUCUUGACAUAAAGCUAAAUGCAGCCUAAUUCUACAAAUGUUUUGGUAGACUGGUUUUAGAUCAGAUGACUGGAGGUGUUUGAGGAGGAAUCAAACAUGUGCUUUUCAAUACAUGUUUAUAUUUUGGUGGCUAUUGCAUGAAAAUAUAAAUAAAUAGAUUCUUAAAAGUAA